AUCGAUUGGAUGCGCUUUUCGCUUUUCGCCAUGGCCCGCCUUGCCGGCGCCUUGCUGGUUUUGGCCUUGCCCCUGGCCUUCCUCCAGCCGAUCACGCGCGGACCCGAUGGCCGCGGGCUGAUCGCGCGGAGGGCGCUGCCUGGCAGGGCCAAGCUGCCGAUCUUCGGCGACACGCUGGAGCUCUUGAAGCCCGAGAACAUGGCCCAGUAUCAGCUGGACCGCCGCGAGCGCUGGGGCGGCUUCUGGAAGACCUCGGUGCUCUUCAAGCGCGCCGUGGUGGUUGUUGGUGCCAAGCAGAUGGCCGAGGCGAUGAAACAGGAGGCGCGGCCUGGUACCAUGGAGGCCUUCUUCCCGCCGCACCACCAGCGCCUCUUCGGUGUGAACUCGAUCCUCAUGGUGAGCGGCGCCUCCCAUCUGCGGCUGCGGAAUCUCAUCCAAAAGGCGCUGACGCCCAAAGCCAUCCAGCGCUACCAGGAGUACAUGGACACAAGCAUCGACGAGUUUGUGAAAGGAUGCAAGCAGUCCGAGGGCCAUUUCCCCAUGGUGCGGCAGCUGCAAGAGGCGAUGGUUCGGAUCGUGGUGAGCGCCUUGUUCGGCCAGAACGCCGACGAAGAGGAAGUGGAUCAGCUGAUUCUCAACCUGCGGGCAUGGGCAAAGGGACUGCUAUCUGCACCACUGACCUUCGUUCCUUGGUCGGCGGCCUCGCGCGCCCUACGCGCGCGAAAACGGGUGGAGGACACCUUGCGCAACUGGAUCUCGAGGAGCAAGGAGGAUGGCACGCUGCUCUCGCAGCUGCUCUAUGCCAAGGACGAGGACGGCAGUACGCUAUCCAUGGAGGAGGUCAUUGAUAACGUCUUCACCCUUGCGUUCGCAGGAACUGAUACCACGGCCAGCUCUUUGUCAUCUGCUUUCUUGAGGCUGUCGCGAGAUGUGGCGCUGCAAGCAGAGCUGCGGGCCGCUGUAGCAGAAGGCGACCCCGGCGACUCCUUGGGCGCCUUCCUGGGAGAGGUGCUGAAGGACAACCCGCCGGCGCCUUUCGCCAUGCGCCUGGUGAAGGAGCCUGUAAGCUUCUCCGGCGGGGAAGUUCCCAGUGGCUGGCUUGUGGUCUACGGCUUCGCCGGGCGCUGCGCCGAAGCCAAGGACUCGCAGGACUCGCAGGAGCUCUCCUCGAACCCCGCCUUCGGCGGGGGUCCCCGGCUCUGCCCCGGGCGGUUCUUGGCCACGGAAGCGGCGAAGCGGCUGAUGCAGGCUGUCCUGGGCCCAGAGGGCUUCACUUGGCAGCUGAAGGAGGGGCAGGACCUGCGUCAGCGCUACAUCCCGGGCUUCUUCCCCGCCGAUGGCUUGCUGAUGAAAGUGCAGUAAUCUGAGCGUGGGCGGGUGUAUCGUGAGCUCACAUGUCUUUGGUGCAUUUGCUUGGAUGUUAGGACUUUAACUUUUUGCCAA